UUCGUGCGCACGGAGGAUGGACUUCGCUUCACGGACGCUUUAAUGGACUCAGUAAUUUACACGUUAAAGGGCACUUUACUGAGGAUUUAAGUGAUACUUCGGUCAUUUUUUUCUACAGUUGUGCCAGCGACUGAAGCUUUCAGCUGUGACCGAGUUCUUUGCGCUGCAGCUUGUGGAUGAUCCAAGAUGAUUUUAACUAAGUGGCGAUUGGUUGGAGCUUAGCACUGAUCCACCGAAGAGCACUAUGAGUAGAUGAAAUCCAGCAGCCUUUAAUCCAGAAAGGAUUCCCCUUCUCUGUGCUAAGAGGCUACAAACUGUAUGUAAGGACCAUCGGGAGUACAAGAAUCAAGUCAAGGACACGUUCUACCCCCCUCUGCCUGCAGGAAGAUGGGAGUGAGAAAAUAAAGCUCUGUGGCAUCAAGAGGAGUUUAAUGAAUUCCAAGGAAUCUUAAAACAAACCGUGCACAUCUGUGUCUCUGUUAGAAAAACAGGCAACCAUGUGGACAUUAGCUGCAACUGUCCACUGCCUUCCUGCUGCCGCACUGCUGUUGGCUAGCUUCCUCCAGUCUGUGACCACCACUGAGGAAGAUGUCACACCUCGCAUCAGUUUCCCAUACAAUGCAAAGGAAAGAUCCGCUAAGAGGUUCUCGGCAAACAGCAUUUUUAAUUACACCUCUCUGCUGCUCAGCCAGGAGGACGACAUGCUUUAUGUGGGAGCCAGGGAGGCAUUGUUUGCCCUCAGCCUCUCGGACAUCAGCAAGAUCAAGCUGCAGAAGAACCUGACAUGGGGCACUCCUGCUGGAAAAAGAGAGGAGUGCAGCUUCAAAGGGAAGAAUCUGGAGACUGAUUGCUUCAAUUACAUCAAAAUUCUUCUGCGGCUGAAUAGCACUCAUCUCUAUGUGUGUGGCACCUAUGCCUUCAGCCCUGUCUGCGCCUACAUAAACACGUCAACAUUCACACUGGAGAGAGAUGAAGUGGGCGAGGUCGUGAUGGAAGAUGGGCGCAGUCGCUGCCCCUUUAAUCCAGAGUACAAAUCAACUGCCAUCAUUGUUGAUGGUGAAUUGUAUACUGGCACUGUUAGUAACUUUCAAGGGAAUGAACCAGUCAUUUACAAGAGUUUGGGUCAGGGAACUGCUCUGAAGACAGAAAACUCCUUAAAAUGGCUGCAAGAUCCGGUCUUUGUCGGGUCGGCUUACAUCGAGGAGAGUCAGCCUAUAGGCAACUCUGUGGGUGACGACGACAAGAUUUACUUCUUCUUUAGUGAGGCGGGAAAAGAAUUUGACUUCUUUGACAGCACCAUAGUGUCAAGGAUUGCUCGCGUGUGUAAGGGUGAUAAAGGAGGUGAGCGGGUCCUGCAGAAGAAAUGGACCACCUUCCUGAAGGCUCAGCUCCUGUGUUCUCUUCCCGAUGACGGCUUCCCCUUCAACAUUAUCCAAGACAUGUUUGUCCUGAAGCCCACGGGAGACAGCUGGGAGAGCACCGUGUUCUACGGCGUCUUCACUUCUCAGUGGUAUAAAGGUGCCUCAGGCAGCUCUGCAGUCUGUGCCUUCACCAUGGACCAGGUGAAGAGAGCCUUCAGCGGGCGCUACCGAGAGGUUAACAGGGAGACACAGCAGUGGUACACCUACAACCACCCUGUACCAGAACCACGGCCUGGGGCGUGCGUGACCAACCAUGCCAGGCAAAUGGGAAUCCAGUCGUCCUUGCACAUGCCUGAUAAAGUGCUCAACUUUGUCAAGGACCAUUUCCUGAUGGACAGCGUGAUCCGCAGCACUCCACUGCUGCUCAAACGCAGCGUACGCUACACACAGAUCGCUGUGCACAAGAUCCAGGGCAUGGAGAGGGCUUAUGAUGUGCUCUUUAUUGGCACAGAUGAUGGAAAACUCCAUAAGGCCAUCAAUGCCAAUGAUAAGAUGCACAUUAUAGAGGAGAUGAUUCUGUUCGCUGAGCCUCAGCCAGUGCAAGACAUCGAGCUUGAUCCCCAAAGGGGUCUGUUGUUUGUGUCCUCCUACUCUGGUCUGGUGGAGGUUCCUGUAGCCAACUGCUCCAACUACCUGAGCUGCGGUGAGUGUGUGCUGUCCAGAGACCCUUACUGCGCCUGGACUGGACAACUGUGCCAGGAUGUCAGGAUGGCUCCACCUGACAGCCACUGGCAGCAGGACGUGGAGGAGGCUGACACAUCAGCUAUUUGCAACAGGACUCUUCCCAACCCUAGAUCUGCCAGACCAGCAGCUUCUCGUGGCUCCCAUUGCCAGCUCAUUACCAUCCCAGCCAACACAUUUAGAGUCCUUCCAUGUAAGCUGCGGUCCAACCUGGCACAGAGGAGGUGGCGUUACAGUGACAGCGCCAGCCAGUUCCUGUACGCUACCCUGGAGGGAAACCUGGUCGUUGUGGCUCAGUCUGAAAGGAUGGAGAAUUACGAGUGCUGGUCAGAAGAGGAGGGCUUCCACCAGCUGCUGGCCAACUACUGCGUGAGGGCAGAGCCACACCAGGAGAGCACCACUCUGAUUGGUCACUCACGCACACCUCACGUCACACGAGAGGAGACCAUCAUCCUGCCUGGGGAGUCUCGCUCUGAGCAGGUCCAUACAAAGACAUACUGGAACGAGCUGAUUGUGGUCUGUGCUCUGUUGGCUUUCUCCCUCGUGGUGUUCUCCUUGUUUGUCAUCUACCGGAACCGCGAUCACAUGAAGUCCAUGCUGAAGCAGGGCGAGUGCCCCAACAUGCAACAGAAGAAGCCGAGGAUAGUUGGAAAGCCCACAGAGAGUUUACCGCUCAACGGUAACACCAUCCCUGUUUCUACUUCAGAUCACAAGGGUUACCAGACGUUAAACGACAACUACAUCUGCAGCACGCCCACACACGAGUCCUCACCAGAUAACAGCAAGAGCUUCUCCGAGGCCUCCGAUAGGCGGCCGCUUAACCUCAAGGAGAGCCAUGUGGAAUACUCCCCAACCUGCCCCCGGCCCAGAGUGAGGCUAGGCUCGGAGAUCAAAGACUCUAUUGUAUGAGAGCACAGCAUUCACUAAGCGAUUACACCCUGUAUCUCCAUGAGGGAUACAGGCCACCAAGCAAAGGAGAGGAGACCCUGACAUCCUCCUAUAUCACAGCAUAUCUUUUAUUUUAGUCAUCUUAGUUCUGUGAUCAGUGCGGAGGUCAUUUUGUUUAGCCAUUUCCACUCCAAAGCCAGAGGUUGGUCCAGUUUGCUGCAUAAAGCAGAAAAAAAAACAAAGCAGCACAACACUCCAGUUUGAGCCAAGAUCAUGAACCAUGGCAGCUGCUAAGAAUAAUUAU